AAUGCGGACAACAGUUGUGGCUAUAAAUUGCGUGUUAUUCUUAAACUUUUUGAAACAGCGUCAACACGAGAAUGAAUAUCUUUACAGGUCUUUUGAUUUUUACGGGAAUACUGUGCGCAAUAGGAAUAUCAGAAUGCCUUGAAUGCUUCAAUUGUCUAAAUAUCGCUGACCCACGGGCGUGUUCAAACAUGAGUCAAUGUUCAAAUAGAGAGUCCUGUUAUUUGAAAACGCUCCACUCCGGCAAUGAAGUACGUUACGACAUGGGCUGUCAGGUUAAUCAGUUGUGCAGAUCCGAUAACGUUGACCCCAACGGUAUCAUUGGUCGCUCAAUCCAGACCAGACAGCAGUACUCUUGUCAUGAAUGUUGCAGCAGUACCGGUUGCAAUGAUCAGCUAUGUUCCCACAGAAAACCAACAUCUUGUAUUGACGACGUAAAUCUUGACUGCGCCCGACUCAACUCCCUCUUUCACGUCUGUGCAGAUGUUCAUCACGCCAAAAUCACUUGUCCAAAGUUUUGUGGACUCUGUCAGCUAGUUGAUGGCAGCUGGGCUGAUUGGGGCGCCUGGUCAGCUUGCACGGUGACGUGCAACAGCGGAACGCAAGAACGCUCUCGAAAGUGCUCAAACCCGGCUCCUUCCAACAAUGGACUCAACUGCACCGGGCCAGGUGUUGAGUCAAAAAUCUGUCAGAACCAGCUCUGUCCAGUACACGGCAACUGGUCAGACUGGUCUAUAUGGUCAAACUGCUCAGCUACAUGUGGUGUGGGGGUACGACAGAAGAUACGAACGUGCACCAAUCCAAAACCAGACCGGUCGGGUAACGAUUGCGUCGGAGAAUAUAUCGAAUAUACAGUGUGCCCAAAUAAACCCUGCAGCGUAAUUGACGGUGGCUGGGCGAGUUGGGGUUCGUGGGAGAGAUGUUCAGUCACGUGUGGAGUUGGUCAGAAGUUGAGGAGCAGGACUUGUACCAAUCCGAGCCCCACAUUGUACGGCAAGACUUGUGAGGGCGACUAUACAGAUUAUGCUGUGUGUGUCAACACGCCAUGCCAUGUUGUAGCCUUCAACGCUCACGGAUUCCAUGAGUUGUCAAAUAAUGUCAAUGCAUUUCCAACCGUGAUCUUCAACGAAGGCAAUGCGUACAACGCCAGCACUGGACACUUCACAGCUCCUGUGGACGGGAUAUUCUACUUUACUACCCAAAUGUGCUGUCAGGGCAAUAGCGGUUUUUCCUUUUUCUUGGAAAAAGUCAGUGAAAACAUGAGCGCCAUGACGCGUCUAACAGCUACCAUGCAGACAGAAAAUGGCUAUCCUGCAUGUACAUCUGCAUCCAGCUCUGUGAAACUGACCAGGAAUGAGCACGUGUGGGUAAAGAUGGACGGCCAGUUAACAACAGGACAAUUAUAUGAAAAUUCAACUUUGACUUGGAUUAGUUUUACCGGAAUGUUGACCCAAGAGCUUUAA